AGCAUCUUCAAAGCCGAAAACAAACGCCUCCCCACGACAUUUCUUUUAGGAAACUUUCAUCGAUGGAGGCAGGAGAGAGGGUUAAGUGCGCUAGCUACAUGCUACCCAAUAGUUGCUUACAUAAUAGUAUUAUCCCCCUUCUCCAACUUCCCCUCCUUUUACAUUAUUUCGACGACUCAUCAACAUUUCAGCAAGAUUCUCAUAGUUGGACUCAGACUCAACCGCAACCUUGACUCCAAUUUCACCUCCGAAGUUACCUAAAUCACAAACCUUUGGCCUUGCAAGAUGGCAUCCCAAACCACAGCCACAGACCCAACCCCCACCACCGGCACCGGCAACGCCCGCUUCAACACCGACGCCGCCAACUGGGACUCCAACCCCUCCAUCCAACUCGCCACCUCCCUAGCCUUCGAAUCGUACCUCUCCCGCUUGCCUCCCCCCUCCGAGCUUUCGUCCUUCAACGUCCUCGAAAUCGGCUGCGGCACCGGUCUCCUCUCCCUCCUCUUGGCCCCGCACGUCCGCUCCCUCACAGCCGUUGACGCCGCCGAGGGAAUGAUCGACGUGCUCACUCACAAGUUAUCGUCUGUCGGGUCUCAUGCCCAAAUAAAAAAUGUUCGGCCGGUUGCUUGUCUGUUGGAAGACCCGGAGGACCCUAUCAUCAAAAUCGAUCCCGUAACUGGCGAAGCAUGGGACGGGAACAUGAAGUUCGAUUUGGUUAUUAGUCAUUUGGUGCUGCACCACGUCGCUGACCUCUCUGCCCUCUUCAAAACCAUUUACGGCACUCUCAAACCCUCCUCCACUCAUGGCCACCAAAAGGGGGGCGGAAGGGUGAUAACGACAGACUUCGAGAACUUUGGACCAGAAGCGAGGAGGUUUCAUCCCGAGGCCAAGAUGGAAGGGGUGGAGAGGCAUGGGAUUACCAAGGAGGAAAUGGAGGGGGUGCUAAAGGGGGUGGGGUUUGAGGAGGUGAAGGUUGAGAGGGGGUUUGUAAUGCAGAAAAGGGUGGAGAGUGAGCCGGGGAAGGGGGAUAUGGAGAGGGGGCCGGUGGUGGAGUUUCCUUUUUUGGUUUGUGAGGGGAGGAGGGUGUAGGUUUUUGCCGUGGUUGAGGUGGGAGGUGGGAGGUGGGAGUUGGGAGUUGGGAGUUGGGAAUUGGGGAGGUGUGAUGAAGAGUGAUUGCUGUUGGGGACCGCGUGGAAGGGGAGUGCUUGUUGUGGUUCAGUCAGAGUCUGAGAGUUUUCUGGAUGGCA